AUGCCACAUGGCAAUCAUAUGAGGUGUUUGAAAGGGAGACGACAUACUCCAAACACAGAGCUUUUGGCGGCACUGCUCAUCACUUUACUCAAAGUUGGUCUGCAGAAUCUCCUAAGUCCACACCAACACUCUACUCGAUUCCGUAGUUGGGAGGCGGGGGUGUUCAUGGUCAUGGGAGCGUACCGCGACGUUGACGUCUUCUCGUCACAGAGUAGUGACUUUGUUUCUUCUUGUCAAGAUCUGAGGUUCUCAAAGCACGUCCGUGAUAAUGUUCACGGCAACAUUUAUCUUGAUCCGAUUUCCUUGAAGUUCGUUGACACUGAACAGUUUCAAAGGCUUCGUGAACUUAAACAGCUUGGUAUGGCGCACAUGGUUUAUCCAGGAGCAGUGCAUUCUAGAUUUGAACACUCUCUUGGAGUUUAUCGUCUUGCUGGUGAAGCUAUUCUUAAACUCAAGAACAACCAAGGCUUGGAACUUGGUAUUGAUAAUUUCGAUGUACAAACAGUGAAACUGGCAGGUCUUUUGCAUGACGUAGGCCAUGGGCCUUUUAGCCACUUGUUUGAAAAAGAGUUUCUCCCAAAAGUCCUCAAUGGAUAUGAAUGGUCUCAUGAAAAAAUGUCAGCGGACAUGGUUGAUUGCAUAGUCGAUGAACAUUAUAUUGACAUUGACUCUGAAAAAGUCAAAACAGUCAAGGAGAUGAUACUUGCAAGUUCCAAGUUUGCGUUGCCAAAGAGUGCUAAGGAAAAGCAGUUUUUGUAUGACAUUGUGGCAAAUGGUCGAACUUCAAUUGAUGUUGACAAGUUUGAUUACAUAGUCCGUGACUCCCGAGCAUGUGGUCUAGGAUGCAACUUUCAGUUUGAAAGGUUGAUGGAAACUAUGAGAGUUAUAGAUGAUGAAAUAUGUUAUCGAUCAAAUGAUUAUCUGACCAUUCACAAAUUAUUUGCUGCUCGAGCUGAUAUGCAUCGAACAGUUUAUACUCAUGCAAAAGUGAAGGCAAUUGAACUGAUGGUAGUGGAUGCCUUAGUGGAAGCAAAUGAUUACCUGGAUAUAUCAUCUCACAUACAGGACCCCCGUGAGUUUUGGAAGCUCGAUGACACUAUAAUCAAAACAAUCGAAACAGCUCCAGACCCAAAUUUACAAAAAUCUAGGGAUUUGAUCCUCCGUAUACGACGGAGAAAUUUGUAUCAGUUUUGCAACGAGUAUGCAGUACCGAAGGACAAACUGGAGCAUUUUAAGGAUGUCACUGCUAACGACAUUGUCUCGUCCCAGAAAAGUGGUGGUUUAAAAUUUAAUGAGGAUGAUGUUGUUGUGAGCAAUGUUCGGAUAGAUUUGACUCGUGGGAAGCAUAAUCCCCUGGAAAGCGUCAGCUUUUUCAAGGAUUUUGACAGUGAUGAGAAGUUUCCCAUACCUGAUGACCGAAUAAGCCAUUUGUUGCCUACAUUUUACCAGGAUAUGAUAGUGAGAGUGUACUCCAAAAAGCCAGAACUGGUUGGAGCUGUCUCUGAGGCAUUUGAAAAUUUCCAAUUAAAGACCUAUGGAAUUAAAACACAGGUGCAUGCAACACCUGAGAAGAAAAAACGGAGGAUUUGA